AUGAUGCCGCACGCCUCCUGGACGGCCCAGUCGACCACCGCAUGGGGGUACACGGCGUUCGUCCACGACGAGCCCUGCAGCAGCCUCCCGAGCACCCACAUGUACUCCGCCUCGCACUGCGUCCAGGCCUCGGAGAGGUCCUUGCCCACCCAAAGCUCCCUGUUGUCCUUCCCGCCGAGUUCCUGGAUCUUCCGCACCAGCUCCGUGUUGGUGUGUUUGUCGAACGGCCUGAUGUUGUCGAGGAGGGUCAAGGCCUUGAAGCUGCGGAGAUCAUCUGUGCGUCUUGGAGACGCGGGAGCGGAUCGAUGA